CAUCACUGUCACUGUAAACAAAACGUUCGACUCAACAAAAAAGUCUUAUCGCCUUUCUCAUUGGAAUUGUUUUAACAUUAUCAAAACAUGACUUCCUAUACUGAACAGUAUUUGAAAGAGAAGUUGAUAGAAAAACUCAAUGCUGUACACGUGGUAAGUGAUAUUUUGUGUUAGAUUUGUUGAUGACAAGAGAGUUGUGCCUUCCAUUUUGUGUUUUUUACCGAGUCUGAAACGUUGGUGUUCGAAGUGAAAUGCAGUGAAUUUUCAUUAUUUUCCGUUGAAAAUCGAAAUCAAUUUUAAAUCAUGAUCGCGAAAGUGGUGCUUGCUGUUUCAACAGCCAUGCUAAUUCGCUCCAUAGUAUCGUUGCAUCCGUAUUCGGGUGAAAAUACACCACCGAUGUUUGGUGACUUCGAAGCACAGCGACACUGGCAGGAAAUUGUUGUUAAUUUGCCCAUUGCGGAUUGGUACACAAAUACGACCGACAACGAUUUGAUGUACUGGGGACUGGAUUAUCCUCCACUAACAGCCUAUCAUACGUACAUUGUUGGACGUGUUGCACAAUACAUCAAUCCGAAAUUUGUUGAAUUGCAUGAAUCCAGAGGAUUGACAGACGACUCUCAUAAACAUUUCAUGAGGAGUACAGUGUUGAUUGCCGACCUGUUGCUGUAUCUACCAGCAAUUUUAAUUUGUUGUCGAAUGAUUAGCAGUAAGAAUUGGUUCAAAGGUGACGAAAGGAUCGACAAUUUGUAUGUGGCAGUGGCGGUGUUAUAUCCAGGCCAAAUACUCAUCGAUAAUGGACAUUUUCAAUACAACAACAUUUCACUCGGAUUGGCAGUUAUGGCCAUCGUAUUUGUGCUACGGAAUCAAAAUAUUGUUGGGGCGAUUUUUUUCACAUUGUCGCUGAACUACAAACAAAUGGAACUUUAUCAUGCACUUCCGUUUUUCGUGUAUUUACUGGCCAGCUGUUUCAAGUAUCCGUCGAAGAAAAUGGGUUUCGUUGAUGGAUUGAAACGCCUAACAAAGCUCGGUGUUGUUGUUCUUCUAACUUUCGCUGUUCUAUGGCUACCCUGGCUCGGAUCAAAACAGUCCGCCCUUCAAGUUUUGCAUCGCAUUUUUCCCUUGGCUCGCGGUGUAUUCGAAGAUAAAGUGUCGAAUGUGUGGUGCAUAGUCAAUGUGGCGUUACCACUGAGAGAAAGGUUUUCCAACGAUCAAAUGGCUGUUAUAUGUUUGACAUGCACAUUGGCAUCGCUUUUACCGAGUUUAGUUCAUCUGUUCCGCCAGCCAAAUCAGAAGACAUUUUUGCUAAGCCUUGUCAAUAGCUCGCUGGCGUUCUUCUUAUUUUCGUUUCAAGUGCACGAGAAAUCGAUUCUAUUGGCGACACUUCCCAUUACUUUAUACUUUCCAUUGGAUCCGUUGCUGUGUCUCUGGUUUUUGCAGGUCGCAACAUUCAGUAUGCUUCCGCUGUUAGUGCGGGACGGUCUACUAUUGGCUUUUAUCGCCUUAAAUGCGUUCUACCUGCUACUGAUAAAACUACUGACCGAAAUACCUAGUCAUCGGAAGGAGAAAAUUACCGAGUAUAAAAUUGAUGUGCUAAGACUGGCGCGAAUUCAACCGAUCCAUUCCACUUUCUUCGACAAAUCAAAGUUGUGGCUAUUCUAUUUGAGUCUUUGCGGGCAAAUUGUUUUGUUAAUUUGUUUGGUAUGGGUGCCACCUCCGGUACACCUGCCUCACAUUUUUCCAUUGUUAAUUUCGGCAUUUUGUUGCGCGCAUUUCACCUAUUUCUUUUUGUGUUUUAGUUAUAAGCAACUGUUUACGAUGUAAGUGGUGUGGAGAAGAGGAAGCGAAUAAAAUUGGUUUUUGUUCUUGUUA